AUGGAGCUUUGGAUCUUGGCAAUUCUAACAGCCCUCAUACAUUCCACAGUAGCUGCACCAGCUAAGUAUAAUCAUCUAUCUGGAGGCCUGGAAAAUGAGGCUUUAAUUGUGAGAUGUCCUAAACAAAAAGGAGCUCAUUACCCUGUGGAUUGGUAUUACUCAAAAACAAACAAAAGCAUCCCCACCCAUGAAAGAAAUCGUGUAUUUGCCUCAGGCAGAAAUCUGAAGUUUCUACCAGCCAAAGUGGAUGAUUCUGGUAUUUAUACCUGCAUCAUCAGAAGCCCCACCGUCAAUAAGACUAGAUAUGUGAAUGUUACCAUAUAUAAAAAACAACCAGAUUGCAACGUUCCAGAUUCUUUGAUAUAUUCCACAGUAUCUGGAUCAGAAACAAAUUCCAAAAUAUAUUGUCCUACAAUUGACCUCUACAAUUGGACAGCACCUCUUGAGUGGUUCAAGAAUUGUCAAGCUCUUCAAGGAUCAAGGUACAAGGCGCACAGGUCAUUUUUGGUCAUUGACAAGGUGACAAGUAAGGAUGCUGGUGAUUACACAUGUAAAUUUACCCACAAUGAAAAUGGUAUCAAUUACAGAGUGUCAACAACCAGGUCACUCACAGUUCAAGAUGAUAAAGCCUUUUCUUCAUUUCCAAUUAUUAGAGCUCCUACAUACAAUGAAACAAAGGAAGUGAAAAUUGGAGAAACAGUGAACAUAACUUGCUUUGCCUGCUUUGGGGGAGGCGCUCAGUUCUUGGCUGUUGUCCUUUGGCAGCUUAAUGGAAGCAAAGUUAAGGACUUUGGUGAAGCAAGAAUUCAAGAGGAGGAGGGACAGAAUCAAAGUUCCAGCAAUGAGAUGACUUGUCUAAGCAUGGUGUUAAGGAUAGCCGAUGUGAAGGAAGAGGACUUGUCACUGACAUAUGACUGUCUGGCCCUGAAUCUGCAUGGCGUGAAAAGACACCCCAUAAGACUAAGUAGGAAAAAUCCAAUUGAUGAUCCAAGCAUCUACUACAUAGUUGCAGGAUGUAGUACCUUCUUAAUGCUAAUCAAUGCCCUGGCAAUCAUCCUAAAAGUGUUCUGGAUUGAGCUUAUUCUGCUCUGGAGAGAUACAACUAGACCUUACAAAAUUAGGAAUGAUGGAAAGAUCUAUGAUGCUUAUGUUAUCUAUCCUCGGAACUACAAAUCUAGUCCAGAGGGAACCAGUCCUGUGGAGUAUUUUGUUCACCAGAUUCUGCCUGAUGUUCUUGAAAAUAAAUGCGGAUAUAACCUCUGCAUUUAUGGGAGAGAUCUGCUACCUGGAGAAGAUGCAGCCACUGCAGUGGAGAGCAGCAUCCGACAGAGCCGGAGGCACAUCUUCAUCCUGACUCUUCAGGUCUCGCAGAGUAAGGAGUUUGCCUACGAGCAGGAGAUCGCCCUGCACAGCGCCCUCAUCCAGAACGACUCCAAGGCCAUUCUCAUUGAAAUGGAGGCUCUGAGUGGACCAGGUGGCCUUCAGGUUGGGGAGCUUCAGGACUCCCUCAGGCAUCUCAUGGAAGUGCAGGGCACCAUCAAGUGGAGGGAAGACCACGUUGCCAACAAGCGGUCCCUGAAUUCCAAAUUCUGGAAGCACGUGAGGUAUCAAAUGUCUGUGCCAAGCAAACCUCCCAGUUUGACUUCCCAGGGGCAAUAG